AUGGCAACGUACUCAUGUAGCACCAUUGCUGAGUGGAAGGAAUUGGUCGAUAUCACCUGCAUGACCCGCAACAGACUUCUUCUUCGGGCAUGUUUUCCCCAGUCCAAAAAGUUAUGGGGAUAUACUCCCCGGUUGCCAGGUGGCCAGGUGGACUGCUCAGCGGCGGCGACAAUGACAUUGCUGCAGCUGACCUUCAAAAAAUUGGCGACCUUGACGCCAGUGCUACGCGGAUGCGAAAGGCAGCCUCUUGUGCCUUUCACGCGGCGGACUGUGACCAAGUUUUUCGAACAGCGUUUGGCUGGUCGGCGCAAGUUCCAGAACUUUGACGCGGGAAUCCGUGUGGCCUCUGAAGAAGAAUCGCUUUCCAUCUCCGACUGGUUGGACGGCAUCACUCAAGCCCCGGAAGCCUUCGAAAAGAUUCCCAAGCGCAACUUUGUUGACUGCUCCCAGGACACCGACCCCAUCGACGUCGACGGCGAGAUGAAGGACUAUGAGCCCUCCGACAAUGAGGGCAUCCGCCACGAUCCUCCUGAAGAUCCUCCUGGUCCGCGAGUUCGGCGCAAGAUGGCCACUUACGCCAGGCCACGUGAUCAACUUCCUGAUCUUCCGGAUGACCUUCCUCCAGGUUCUGACUUUGUUGGCGCCGAUGACCAGCGCCUCCAACGAGCCAUUAGCAAACAGAUUCGGAACAAUCUCCUGACUGGUGCCCAUGAGCUCCUCCCGCCUCAAGCUUCGGAUCAGGUUCUCAAGAACAAGUCCGACAAAGUCAUGAACUCCCGCUACGUCUUGACCAAGAGGCCACUUGAAGCUUUCGAAGUGGAUGGAGUUCCUGCAGAAGAUAUCCUUCUUGGAGAUGCCGGAUUUGGCCCCAAGAAGGCCAAGUAUCGCCAUGGAUUUUCAAGUCCAUCGGCUCUGGAUGUUGAGAGCACCACUCCUCAAGUACAGCGGGAGUCGGUGAUCUUUGUAGCUCAGGUUCUGGCAAGCAUGUCCUGGAUUCCUGGCUUUCUUGAUUUUACUCAAGCUUUCCAUUCUGGCGACAAGAUUGCUACAGAGUGUAUUGUCGUCAAACUCCAGAAGGACUUCUGGCACCAGGUCAGCCAGUUUGACCCCUGCGUGCUCUACCUCAAGAUCGCCACGGAGUACAAGCUGGGCAAGAACCAAAAGGGAGGGCAGAUUUACUGGGAUAUCAAGUUGGAGCUUGAUGGAUCGAUUCGCGUCAACGACAAGGUGAUCAUCAACCAGAUCACCCUCGAGCGCAAGCAACAGCGCUCCUCGAAGUGCACAGCUGCAGAAUUAGUCAACUCGGUGUUUUCUUGGUUGUCCAAGGAGACACGUUGUGACCUUGCAGGCCGAGUUGCGCUACUCCAGCAGGCUUUUCCUGACCUCAUCGAGGGCAACAAGAUUGCUGCUGAAGCCAUCAAGCAUGCGGAUCUUGGCAUUCGCGUGAUGCCUAUACCGUGGGACCAACUCUGGGUCUCAGUAGUCACUGACGCCUCCUGGGGGUACUCCAAGGACAAGCUUUGGCUCGAAGACAGUUGCGACGACUACUGGGAGGAGACCGAAAAGGAAUGGAUCCAGCAUCACGCGGGCCGAAUUGUGAUUUAUCAUGAUAGUAAGCUUGCCUAUUCUGAAGAGCCUUCCAUGACCACGGCUGCUUGGCGUAGUUACCGGCUGAAGCGCAACACUGCAGACACCCUAUUGGCAGAGGGCCAAGCCCUACAGUGGGGACUCGGUGUCGUUCGCUGGCAUCGGAUGUUGUUUCUUGAAGCCUUUCAUGGCAUGCUCAGUGCUGCAGACUGGAAGCGAGAAGCCGGCAAGCUUCCAGUCUUUGCCGCCGUAGACUCUAAAAGUUUGUACAACGCUUUGAGCAAAUGCUCCAGUACAGUGGCGUAUGCAAGCGACAAGCAGACAGCCAUUGAUCUGUCCAUCAUCAAAAGUGAUCUGGCAGACACCUGUGGCAAGAUUCGCUGGAUCGAUACACGGUCCAUGAUUUCGGAUCCACUCAUUAA